UUUUUACCACCUAACUACUAUAAAGAAAAUUCCUCAUGACGAAAUCAUAGAACACUUUUCAUGACUCGACACUUACAAAACAAGUCAAGUUAAGCAAAAUUAUGACCUCAUUUUAUUAAUAAUUUCAUCAAUUUCAUUACACGAAAAUGUCUACUACAAACCACUUCGCAUUAUUUUUCAUUUCCAUGUUUUUGAUAAUUUUCAUUACCACAGUGCAUUCUUCGAUUUCUACAACGAACAACCACCUAAAAACCAAAAUUAACACUCAACACUUGAACAGCUUGCAUAAGCAAAUUCGUGCCAAAGAAGAAGAGCUGAAGAACGCCGAAGAAAUCAACAAAAAUUUCGAAAGAAUGAUCCAAUUCGUGAACAUUUUAGGCCAAGUGGACAAUUUCGUGAGCGAAAAAACGAAAGUGCUGAUAAAGAAAUUGGCGAUACUGGUGGAGGACGAGGAAAAGAUAAAAAGACAUUAUCGGGUGGAUGACAGCGAAGAAGACGACUACUGAAA